AUGUUACUCUCCGGCCGCCACCACAAAUUCACCCCUUCCUCACCGCCGGCCUCCUUCCGCUCCCCCCGUCUCCGCCGUCUCCGGCCACUUCGGCCCCCAACCCUUGCAUCCUCGAACCCUCCGCCGCCGCCAUCGCCACUACCUUCCCAUUUCACGUCGCUAAGGCGUCCAUGGCGGUGGCGGCACAGCGCCAGCGGCACCGGCGCCGGCGACGUUGUCCAAGACCUUCCUCCGGUGGAAGCCGAUGGCAAAGCCACCGUAGGGGGCAAGAAGAGCUUCUGGGGAGCGGUGAGCCUCAUCAUCGGCACGGCGGUCGGGCCGGGCAUGCUGGGCCUGCCGUCCGCCACCAUCCGCUCCGGCCAGGCGCCCUCCGCGGCCGCCAUCCUGCUGUCCUGGGUCUACGUCGUGUCCUCCAUCGUCCUCGUCGCCGAGCUCAGCUUCGCUGCCAUGGUGCGUGACGGCGUCGACGAGGUCAGCUUCACGGGACUUGCGUCGAGCACCCUGGGGGCGGGCCUUGGCGCGGUCGUCGCUGUCGUGUACGCCGCGCUCAGCUUCUCCCUGCUCGUCGCCUGCGUCGCCGGCAUCGGCUCGAUCGUCUCCCAGCUGUUCCCCGGGGUGAACCCGGUCCUGGCCAACGCCCUGUUCCCCUGCUUCGCCGGCGUCCUCAUCGCCUUCUUCCCUUUCAAGGCCGUUGACGGCGCCAACCGAGCCCUUUGUGGCCUGAUGCUAGUUUCGAUUACCGCUCUCGUGGUGACUGGCGUGUCCGUCGGCCGGGCCAGCUUGCUGAGAUCUCUCAGCUACGCUUGCUGGAGCCCGGGCGCGAUCCUGCCAGCCAUACCGGUGACCGUGCUCACGCUCGGGUUUCAUGUCAUCACACCGUUCAUCUGCAAGAUUGUGGGGGACUCGGUGUAUGAUGCUCGGAAGGCGAUACUGAUUGGGGGCGCUGUGCCAUUGGCCAUGGUGCUCUCAUGGAAUGCCGUCAUUCUUGGGCUGGCUAGUGCUGGUGGCAAUGCUGGGUUUGAUGACCCUAUCAAGCUCCUUCUCUCAGUGAAUCCAGCUGCGCUGCCUGCUGUUCGAGGCUUCGCUUUUGCUGCACUGGCGACAAGCCUGAUAGGGUACGCAGUGAGCUUUCCGAAGCAGUUGGCAGACACAGUGGAAUUGAUUCUUCAGAGGUUUUCUCAGAAGCAAGGAAGUGUGCACCAACCUAAUGCUAGCAGUAGCAGAAAUGGGGCGAUUCUGACAUGGACGGUGCUGAUCAUUCCCAUCUUUAUUGCGUCGUUCUUCUCAGCUGCCUUCUCCAAGGCACUGGAUUUUGCUGGGGUUUAUGCAAACUGCUUCCUAUUUGGGAUUCUGCCUCCUGUUAUGGCCUGGAUCCAUCGGUCACAGACGAAAAAGAGAUCUCCUGAUUCAUGUGAAGAUAUUUUGCCCGGCGGAAAUGCUGCUCUCAUGAUACUUUUCGUUAUUGCUGUUAUCCUAGCAAUCUGGCACUAG